AUGGCAUUUUCGGUAUCCUCGCGGGCGGCGUUCUUGCUUCUGGUCGCGCUUCUUUCUUUGUUCCAGAUUUCUCUUGCUUCGGACGACCAAUAUGUCCAGGCCGUGGAUGCCAGUGGCAACACCAUAUACCUCAAGGACAAUCGCAAGCCCUCACUCUACACCGGCAACUUUGGAGAUUGCUUGGGCAGCAGCAAUAUCAAUGUCACCCGCUUCGAUGCUGCGUACUACAAGGAUAACAUGACGGUGCUGUUCCAUCUGGAAGGAAACACGGCUCUGAAGAACGAAUCUAUCAUGAUGUACAUUGGUGUGUUCGCAUAUGGCGAAUCUCGAUUUGAUCUUACCUUCAACCCCUGCAAUGCCAACAUCGAGAGUCUAUGCCCCAUGGAAGCUGGCACCACAAUUGAAGCAGGCGGCAUUAUCCCUGUCUCUCAGAGUGAUGUUGCUGGUAUUCCAGCUAUUGCACUCACGAUCCCAGACUUCGAAGGAGAGGCCAUCCUACGCCUCUUCGCCAACUCUACGCAAACUGAAAUCGGCUGCUUCUCUGCUGUCGUUACGAAUGGAGCUACUUUCGCCCAGCCUGAAUCCGUGGGCUCAGUUCUCGGGAUAUUCACUAUCAUUGCAAUCAUCGCGUCGUUUGCUACAGCCGCCUAUGGAGACAAUAUCCCCGUGAUGCGGAAGCACUACGCUCACUCUAUGUCCGUCCUGGUUGUAUUCGCCGUCUUCCACCAUAUCUUCUUCACUGGAGCUCUGUCCAUGAACUGGCCAAGCGUCCUGGUCGCCUUUUGGAGCAACUAUGCCUGGACCGGAGGCAUGAUCUACACUGAGUCAAUGCAGAAUUCUAUCAACAGGUUCAUCGGAUCCAACAGGGGCAACACAAGUCAUGUCGGUGCUGCUGGGAGUGGUGUACUGAACGAGGACCUAGGAGGUGGAUAUGAUAUCCACCAAAUCUACAAACGCAUGACUCCUACUCACAAGGGGCCUUUGAAUAUACCUGGUCUCAUGCGUCGUAGCAAGUUCAACCUCGUCGCUCGAUACUUGGAAGAGUCGCUAUCAAAGAGGGAGCUGGCCAAUAGUUCCGACGGAUUCAACUAUUAUGGCAAUCCUGUGAAGCCUGGCCUACCUCUUCCUGGAAACUUUUCUGGAUUUGCUGGAACUCUUGGAGAAGAGAGCAUCCCUGCAUCGAAUGCCUUCAUGACUGGAUUCCUCUGGUUCCUCAUUCUCAUUGCCAUCGUUGCUGCUUCCGUUGCUGGUUUCAAGUGGAUACUCGAAGGCCUGAGCAUGAUCAAACUGAUCAAGAAAGACCGCUUAUCAUUCUUCAGAGCGCACUGGCUAGGCUACACAGCUUUCGCUGUCCUGAGGACCCUAUUCAUCGGAUUUUUCAUGAUGAUCUUCUUGACCCUCUUCCAGUUCACCUAUGCGGGAUCCGGUGGUGUCAUUGGAGUCGCAGCUAUCGUGUUUAUCAUCAUGUUUGUGGGCAUGUUCGGUGUCGCUGGGUAUGCCUGCUUUUACCGGAUCAAGUUCGGGAAAUACCAGUCCGAGCCAGACCGAAUCAACGUGGAGAGAAGUAAAGUGCUGAAAAUCAUCCCGUGGUAUCGAUUCACCAGGGCCAGUGAGCAUCUCAACGACGAGGAAAAGGUCUAUGCUGGAUCAAUUCCUUGGUACAAGGUAUCACCGUCUACCGGAGAGGCUACGGACUCAAUCCACGAUGACGAGGCAUACACCAAGAAGUUCGGAUGGCUUGCCUCCCGCUUCCGCCGAACUCGUUGGUGGUUCUUCGCUGUCUGGUUGGUAUACGAGUUUGUCCGAGCUUGUUUCUACGCUGGAGCCUCUGGACACCCGAUGACUCAAGUCUUUGGCCUUCUUGUGGUCGAAUUCAUCGCUUUUGUUGCCAUAAUUCUCCUGCGACCCUUCGAAGGACAACGCCUGAACGCAAUCGUGGUUUAUGCCUUGGGCUUCAGCAAAGUCGCCACGGUUGCGCUUUCUGCGGCUUUCGACAUUCGAUUCAACCUCGCUCGAAUCCCGACAACUGCCAUCGGCAUUGUCAUUAUUGUCAUUCAAGCGAUUCUCACGAUCAUCCUCUUAGUCGCUAUUGUGAUUGGUGCAAUUUCUAGCUAUUUCUCGGUCACGCGGAAUCGCGAAGAAAUCAAGCCGAAGAAGUGGAUGCCGCUGCGAGAAAGAUACUUCAAGCACCUCGAUCGGACAGUGUUAGAUGUACCACCACCUCCACGACCACCAACGCCUAUUCCGGAAGAACCAAAGGGUCCCUACUUCAGUGUCAAAUCCAUCAAGAGGGUUCCAAAAAUUGAAGAUGAAGACAAGGAUUUCCUCGCAGAAAUAGGCGGGGAUCCGAAUGAGUCGUACAUCUCGCUGGCUACCAUGGGCAGGAUAGAAGAAGGUGCCGAGGUCCCACCACUUACUCGAACCAGCCGGGCCGGCAGUGUUCGAAGCCAUGCUUCUUUCACAAGUCUUCCCUACGGAGCGCGUGUUCAUCGCGCCAGCUGGAGUUCUCGCGACUUCAACGACUGGCACAACGAACGAAGGCGUACUGCCAACUCGACUGCUCCACUGGUGCCCGAAGGCGAGUCUUCUCGCCGCGCUAGUGGAAAUAUCGGGUCGUACGCACGCUUUGCCAACAGCCGUGAAAGCAUCGCACGAGGCAGUCCUCUUUCGAGCCCAGAAGACAACGAUGUCAUUAGCCCGAUGGGUAGACCGAGAAGCCGGGCGCCGACUUCGACACCUGCGUCUCCGUAUCGUCCACCGCUAAAGACAUUGAUCAGCGAGAAUGAGGUUCCUGGUUUGCCGUCGCAAGCUCAUCCAGAAUAAAUGGUUCUCGACCUAGAGAGGAUUAUGACGCAAUUACGAAGUCACGACCGAGUCACGACCGAGUCACGAAAGCCGCAGUUGGCGGAUCGGGGUACAGAGAGCUAGUAUCAUUACACCUUCGCAUUGCACAAUCAUUGAUGGUUUGGGUAACACUAAUUUUGGAGUUUUGCGGAGUUGGAUUCAAAAGCCUUUUGGUAAACAGCAUCAGAUCGACUGCAUUAAGGAGGGAUAGCUGUACAGUGGAGGAUGAGUUCGAUGGACAUUCCCAUUCUCUCAUGGGAUCACUCUUUCCCUUUUUUCAUGCAUUAGACGCAUAUGGCCCUAUCAGGGGUAUCAAUCGGCGUUUGGAUUGGGGGGCAUGUCAACAACUUCUGGAGGAUGAACGAGCAUUGGGAACAGGAUAUCUUUAGGUUGAUAUAGGAUGUAAUGGUGG